AUUCGAAAUUUCACCAAAUUUGGUUUAAAUUUCUUCAGUUGGUCAACAAGACAUAUGUUCGUUUGUUCAUGUGAGGAUUUUAUAGUGUGUGCUAUUUCCCACUGUAAUUAUUCGUACAAAGAUAAACCAGCCUCAGUUUUUCAUUUGUGUUUAUCCAAUGUAUGCGUCUCACAAUCUGUUAUCAUCCGAUGUCACAGUUUCCGAUCCAGUCACGGUUGUCCAAACAUCUCGUACGACGCCGAGCUGGCUAAAACCGCACAAGCCUGGGCGAGUCACUUGGCCAAGAUCGGUCGCCUGCAACAUAGUGAAGCUCGUGGCUACGGUGAGAACUUGGCAUACAGAUGGGCAAGCAAUCAAGGCAGCCUAUCAGGUAAAUCGCACCACUAUGGACUCUCAGAUGUCUGGUGUCAGAUCUAUUCGUUUGCUUUGUAUGUCGAUACAACCUACUCUGUGUACAUUUUGCAAUCCUUCCCGCUUACGCUCACCGCCAAGCAAUAUGCAUUCGGUGACUGCUCGUAA